AUGGCCGAAUCCGCGUCCCCAAUUGGCAUUGCCAAUUACAGGCACAAGAUUGUCGCCAAGCGCGGUGCUGCCUUUACCAUAAUGGUUGCUGGCGAGUCUGGUCUCGGAAAGACGACCUUCAUCAACACCCUCUUCUCCACCACCAUCAAGAACUAUGCCGACCACAAGCGACGACACCACAAGCAGAUGGACAAGACAGUCGAGAUUGAGAUCACCAAGGCCGAGCUCGAGGAGAAGUUCUUCAAGGUCCGACUGACCGUCAUUGACACCCCUGGUUUCGGCGACUACGUGAACAACCGCGACUCGUGGCAGCCCAUUAUCGAGUUCCUUGACGACCAGCACGAGUCGUACAUGCUGCAGGAGCAACAACCGCGCCGCUCUGAUAAGAUCGAUCUACGUGUUCACGCCUGCUUGUACUUCAUUCGCCCUACCGGCCACACCCUGAAGCCGUUGGACAUUGAGGUCAUGAAGAAGCUCUGCACACGCGUCAACUUGAUCCCUGUCGUGGCAAAGGCCGACACACUAAGCCCUACAGACCUUGCUAGGUUCAAGAUGAGGGUGCGCCAAGUCAUUGAUGCUCAGGGCAUCAAGAUCUACACUCCCCCCCUAGAGGACGACGAUGCUGCCGCCAUGCAGCACGCCCGCGGUCUCAUCGAUGCCAUGCCCUUCUCCGUCAUCGGCUCCGAAAAGGACGUUCAAACCAACGACGGCCGCACCGUCAAGGGCCGACAAUACGCUUGGGGUGUCGCCGAGGUUGAAAACGAGGAGCACUGCGACUUCAAGAAGCUGCGUGCCAUUCUCAUCCGAACCCACAUGCUGGAUCUCAUCCACACUACCGAGGAGAACCACUACGAGGCUUACCGCGCCGGUCAGAUGGAGACGAGGAAGUUUGGUGAGGCACGACCAAGGAAGCUGGACAACCCCAAGUUCAAGGAGGAGGAAGAGGCACUUCGCAAGCGCUUCACCGAGCAAGUCAAGGUCGAGGAGCAGCGUUUCAGGCAGUGGGAGCAGAAGCUCAUUGCCGAGCGUGACCGUCUCAACAAAGACCUCGAGGCCAGCCAUGCGGAGAUUAAGCGUCUCGAAGGUGAGGUGGACAACCUCCAAGGCAGCAUCAACCGCUCGCACGGUCGCCGCUAAGGCAUAGCAUUGCUGCUUGAAAGCUCGUAGCACAUACGGCGUUGGGUCGGAUUACGCAACGUGGGUCUGGCAACAGCAGUAAUUCCCGACAUUCUUCCUCCUUCAAGAUUCCCCUUCGAUUUCUGUUUCUUCGGUUCUCAUAUGUGUGUAAUGUCGCGUCGCGAUGAGGGGGUUCACUGGUCUAAACCGUCAAGGCAAAUGUGGCUCGGUCUCGGGGCCUUGUGCCAAAAAGGCAUGUCGGAGCUUAUAGUUGUUACAACUUGGUAUUAAUUUAUUACGAAGACUGCUGGUCGCCAGGA